AUGAGUGUUUGCUCAGCACUUGGUCUCUGGAACGCCCGCCUUUGCAAACACCACAUCUUCCCCGUCCACUGCGUCCCGCCACAGGCGGCUACCGUGCGGGCGCCCGGGGCGGGGAGCCGGAACCGCCCGCCCUCCGAGGAGCCUGCCCCCGUCGCCGGCCGGCCAGCUGCAGCUCACUGUUUGUUUGCCGACCGGCAAAGAGGAAACCCCAAGCCCGGGCGCGGAGGCCAGAGGGGAGGGCGGCGCGGGUCAGAGGCCGGGCCUCCCUGGCUCCCCGCGCCUCGGAGGUCAGGGGAGAUAAGGAACAAUGACUCUCGCCCUCGGGAGGAGGAAGGAAGUCCCGCUGCCACCUUAUCUCUCCUCCUCUGCACGCUCUCAGUUCCCAGAGCUUGUUCUCUAGAGAAGAUUUUGAAGGCGGCUUUUACCUGCAGAAACCAGGAGGCUGAGACGUUUUGUCAGUUUUGCGACAUUGGACCAAACACAAUGAAGUAUUCUUGCUGUGCCCUGAUUUUGGCGGUCCUGGGCACAGAACUGCUGGGGACCCUCUGUUCGACUGUCAGAUCCCAGAGGUUCAGAGGACGGAUACAGCAGGAACGAAAAAACAUCCGACCCAACAUUAUUCUUGUGCUCACCGAUGACCAAGAUGUGGAGCUGGGGUCCCUGCAAGUCAUGAACAAAACAAGAAAGAUUAUGGAGCAUGGGGGGGCCACCUUCACCAACGCUUUUGUGACUACCCCCAUGUGCUGCCCCUCCCGGUCCUCCAUGCUCACCGGAAAGUAUGUGCACAACCACAAUGUCUACACCAACAAUGAGAACUGCUCUUCGCCAUCCUGGCAGGCGAUGCAUGAACCUCGGACUUUUGCUGUGUAUCUUAACAACACUGGCUACAGAACAGCCUUUUUUGGAAAAUACCUCAAUGAAUAUAAUGGCAGCUACAUCCCUCCUGGGUGGCGAGAAUGGCUUGGAUUAAUCAAGAAUUCUCGUUUCUAUAAUUACACUGUUUGUCGCAAUGGCAUCAAAGAAAAGCAUGGAUUUGAUUAUGCAAAGGACUACUUCACAGACUUAAUCACUAACGAGAGCAUUAAUUACUUCAAAAUGUCUAAGAGAAUGUAUCCCCAUAGGCCCAUUAUGAUGGUGAUCAGCCACGCUGCGCCCCACGGCCCCGAGGACUCGGCCCCACAGUUUUCAAAACUGUACCCCAACGCUUCCCAACACAUAACCCCUAGUUACAACUAUGCACCAAAUAUGGAUAAGCACUGGAUUAUGCAGUACACGGGGCCCAUGCUGCCCAUCCACAUGGAAUUUACGAACGUUCUACAUCGCAAAAGGCUUCAGACUUUGAUGUCCGUAGAUGAUUCUGUGGAAAGGUUGUAUAAUAUGCUUGUGGAAACGGGGGAGCUGGAGAACACUUACAUCAUUUACACGGCUGACCACGGUUACCAUAUUGGGCAGUUUGGACUGGUCAAGGGGAAGUCCAUGCCAUAUGACUUUGAUAUCCGUGUGCCUUUCUUUAUUCGCGGUCCGAGCGUAGAGCCAGGAUCAAUAGUCCCACAGAUCGUUCUCAACAUCGACCUGGCCCCUACGAUCCUGGACAUCGCUGGGCUCGACACACCUCCCGAUGUGGAUGGCAAGUCCGUCCUUAAACUUCUGGACCCGGAAAAGCCAGGUAACAGGUUUCGAACAAACAAGAAAGCCAGAAUUUGGCGUGAUACAUUCCUCGUGGAAAGAGGGAAAUUUCUACGUAAGAAAGAAGAAUCCAGCAAGAAUAUCCAACAGUCAAAUCACUUGCCCAAAUAUGAGAGGGUCAAGGAAUUGUGCCAGCAGGCCAGGUACCAGACAGCCUGUGAACAGCCUGGGCAGAAGUGGCAGUGCAUUGAGGACACAUCUGGCAAGCUCCGAAUUCACAAGUGUAAAGGAUCCAGUGACCUGCUCACCGUGCGGCAGAGCACGCGGAACCUCUAUUCUCGCGGCUUCCACGACAAGGAAUGCAGCUGCGGAGAGCCUGGCUAUCGCAGCGGCAGAAGCCAGAGGAAGAGCCAAAGGCAGUUCCUGAGAAACCAGGGGACUCCCAAGUACAAGCCCAGAUUUGUCCACACUCGGCAAACACGUUCUUUGUCCGUCGAAUUUGAAGGCGAAAUAUAUGACAUAAACCUGGAAGAAGAAGAGCUGCAAGUGCUGAGACCAAGAAACAUCGCCAAGCGCCAUGAUGAAGGCCCCCGGGGGCCUGGAGGCCACCAGGCUGCGGGCGACGGGGACACGAUGCUGGCAGACAGAGGCAAUGCCCUGGGCUUGCCCACCACCGUCCGAGUGACCCACAAGUGCUUUAUUCUUCCGAAUGAUACAAUCCAUUGUGAGAGAGAACUGUAUCAAUCAGCCAGAGCCUGGAAGGACCACAAGGCAUACAUUGAUAAAGAGAUUGAAGCUUUGCAAGAUAAAAUUAAGAAUUUGAGAGAAGUGAGGGGGCACCUAAAGAGGAGAAAACCUGAGGAAUGUGCCUGUAGUAAACAGAGCUAUUAUAAUAAAGAGAAAGGUGUGAAAAAGCAAGAGAAGGUGAAGAGUCAUCUCCACCCAUUUAAGGAAGCUGCUCAGGAGGUAGACAGCAAACUGCAGCUUUUCAAGGAGAACCGUAGGAGGAAGAAGGAGAGGAAGGAGAAGAAAAGGCAGAGGAAGGGGGAGGAAUGCAGCCUCCCGGGCCUCACCUGCUUCACGCAUGACAACAACCACUGGCAGACGGCCCCGUUCUGGAACCUGGGAUCUUUCUGCGCCUGCACGAGCUCUAACAAUAAUACCUACUGGUGUUUACGUACAGUUAAUGAGACGCAUAAUUUUCUUUUCUGUGAGUUCGCCACUGGCUUUUUGGAGUAUUUUGAUAUGAAUACAGAUCCUUAUCAGCUCACAAACACAGUGCACACAGUGGAACGGGGCAUUUUGAACCAGCUACAUGUACAACUCAUGGAGCUCAGAAGCUGCCAAGGGUAUAAGCAGUGCAAUCCAAGACCUAAGGGCCUUGAAGUCGAGGACAGUUAUGGGAUGGAUGGGAAGGCUAACCAGCCCAGCCUCGCUGCAGACGUCAACUGGCAAGGCCUGGAAGAUUUAUACAGUGUGAAUGAAAGCAUCUAUGAGUACAGACAAAACUAUAGACUUAGUCUGGUUGACUGGACUAAUUACUUGAAGGAUGUAGAUAGAGUAUUUGCACUGCUGAACAGCCACCAUGAGCAAAAUAAAACAAAUAAGACUAAAACUGCUCAAAGCGAUGGGUUCCCAGGUGGAUCUGCUGAGCUCUCCGUGCCAGUAGAGAUGGCCUCCGCGGAGUCAGAUGAUGACCCGAGUUGGAUGGUUGGGGAAGCACCUCACGUGACCUUGCCAGCUGACCUUCGAACCCUGCAUUUGAACCAACCAACAUUCAGUCCAGAGACGAAACUUGAAUGGAAUAACGACAUUCCAGAAGUUAGUCGUUUGAAUUCUGAACACUGGAGAAAUCAUAAAACUGAAAAAUGGAUGGAGCACGAAGAGAUAAAUCAUCCCGAAACUGAUUUCAGUGGCAACGGCAUCCCAGAGCUGGUGCUCAAGCCCAGGCCUAGGCUGCAGCCCAUUAGCAGGCAGCAGAAAGGACUUCCCCGGGUUGGUGGCCCAGGAGGUGUUUUUGAAGAUCAGCUGUAUCUUCCUGUGCAUUCUGAUGUUGAUUCUGUUCAUCGGACGAUCAAUACGUCUGCCCUGGAGCAGCCUAUUAACUCCAGCAGCGUGAAAAGGAUAUUGGACAAGGUGAAGAAUCACGAGACAGGCAGCUUACAGAGUCUAGAAGGCAGUGCCUCCUUUCCACUCUCCUCGGAUUAG